AUGUCGACGACGCACCCCGAAGUCACCGAGACCGAGUGGGACGCGCUGCAGCGCCGCUUCGGCAACCUGCCGCCGCUGCAGCAGCAGCAGCAAACUGAAGAAGCAAAAACACAAACCCUAAUCCAAACCCUCGAGGGUUUAAACCCUCUCGAGUCCAAAACCCUUUCGCAACUAAACCACCUCGAAGACGACCUCGAGGAAAACACCCUCGAGUUCUACCGCCGCAAACGCCUCGACGAGCUCAAGCGCCAGCAACGCAGAAACAGGCAAGUGCUGCAGCAGCAGCAGCAGCAGCAGCAGCAAGUGCAGCAGCAGCAGCAGCAGCAGCAACUGCAGCAGCAGCGGCAACUGCAGCAGUUCGGGCAGCUGCUGGAGCUGCAGCCGGGGGAAUAUGUGCGGGAGGUGACUGAGGCCUCAGCAGAAGACCCCGACGCAGCAGCAGCAGCAGCAGCGCCGCAGCAGCAGCAGCAGCAGCAGCAGCAGCAGCAGCAGCAGCAGCAGCAGGUGGGGGGCACGUGGGUGGUGGUUUUGGUCUACGAGGAGGGCGUGGCUGGCUGCGAGCUGCUGCGUGCUGCUUUUGCUGCUGCUGCAGUGCAGCACAAAGAACUGCAGGGGCUGCAGCACUGGGGGGGGGCUGCUGUUUCUGCUGCUGCAGUCGACCGCGCGCUCCGCCGCUACGGAGUGCUGCGCAGCAAACCCGAAGAAACCUCCAGCGAAGACUCCGAAGAAGAAGCAAAAGAAAGAGUCCGCAGCAAGGGUUAUUCUUCCACAACCCUCGACAGGCUCCUCAGCCGCAAACGCUAA